AUGCGUGAGGCGCGCUCUCCUGCGCGAGUAAGCGCCCCUAUGGACGCUACAGUUGCCAACAGCAAGGAGACCGAGGCGAGCCACACAGGGGAGGAUGCGGCAUGCGAGAGGCUGUACCGAAACGCCACCAAACAGGCGGAGCAGCGGGAGCGGGGGCUGCAGGCGUUGCGAGAGGCGCAAGAGGUGUCUUUUCAAGCUAACUGCACCUUCCACCCGUCUUUGGCCCCAGUGGAAGAGGGCCAUCGCAAGCGCAAGCCCACUCGACGAGCGCGCUCGCACAGCGCAGGGGCAGGAAGCAUGGCGGGUGCCCGCGGCGGCAGAGGUACUUUGCCUCACCGCCCUAUGAGCUCAUCGGCAGCUCAGCGGACACCGUCGCGCUCGUCGAGGCAGCUUUCGGUCGCACAGGAGGACUUGCGAGCCGCCCACCCGCGCCGUCUCGCGGAACUUCGGCGGAGGACCGAGGAGGAGGCCAGGUCGAGCUUGUGCACGGGCAUCCCUCGCUCCAAGGCAAGUGAGCCCCCGCGCACGUACCGGGAGCAGAAGAAGGGCUGCAGGGGCCUCAUCGGCGCGGGGUCGGAGCAUUUUGCGCACUAUGUGAACGGCAGGCAGACUCCUUUAGCAUCAACGGUGGGCCCUCAGCAUUGCCAAGGUGCACUCGCCGUGUCGACGCCGCGGCUUGGCGGCAAUUCGCUGUUGGACAGGCCACCCCAGUUGGAGAGCGAACCCAGCAGUGCACCGUCGGGGACCGUCGGUACACCGCAGCAACAUGCCCCCGCCCGCAGCGGCGUGCAUGAGAAGACGACAAAGACGAGCGACAACGGUCAUGCUGCAGUAGCUCCGCCGCAGGUGUUCGGCCGCCUCUUCCGCGACAGCGAUGAACGCGCGGCGGUGCGGGCAUUCAUUGAGCUGAUGAGGAAGAAGUGGAUGCACACAGAGCUGUACAGGUCAACGACACCCAGUAACGGCGCGUCUGCGGCGGCGCGAACUCAUCGCGAUGACCAGCGGCGCUCCUCGGCGAAACAGCGACCACCCGGUGCGCCGUGCAACAAGGACGCGGCAGCGGCGAUUGCCCUUGCGGCCGGCGGUGCGGCAGCUCGUGAGAGCCCACCACGCCGCACAGACACCAUUCGGCCCUUCGCCGUUGGCCACACCGUCUUUGACGCCCUUUACGCAGAGCGGGAGGAGCUACAGCGGCGGCGCGAGAACCGCCAUUUGCAGGCGGGGAGCGAUGCGGAGACGUGCACCUUUCACCCCUUCGUUGAUGCACGGAGCCGUGUGCUUGCGGAGGAGUGCUCCCGGCGACUUUCAGAGGGCAACGGCCUAGCCGCCGAGACGGUGCGAGAGCGGCGUGCUCGGACUGCGGCGGGUGCAGAGGCGAAGGAGGCGGCCUGCCGUGCACAAGUGCACGCCAGCGACCCAGCCUUUUCUCAGCCGCAGACGGAGCGGAAUCGUGAAAGGCAGGAGGAGCUGCUGACGGCGCUGCUGCACAAGUGCAGCGGCGACGUCGCUGAGCGCCGCCUCCGCCGUGCUCGGUCGCAGUUGACGGGGUCGAUGACGGAGGGGAAGCGCGGCCACCUUCAGAUCAUCGAUAAUCACAAAACUGCGCAGCAACUCAUUGGUGCUCGUAUGACUUGCCCAGGUACUACCUCGGUGACUGCCGCUGCCGCUGCCACGACCCCUCUGUCCCCGUCGGUCAGGCGGACGCCUCGUGCUGGAAGGAUGUGGGUCCCCAGUGGUGCCACAACACGGGAUGCGGCACCUGCUUCAGUGAAGGACUUGGCGCAGUCGACCAUCGACCGCGCCGAAGGAUAUGAGGCUCUCCGCUCGGUGUCACCGCUAUCACCGCAGCGGCGCGAAGGUCUCUGCGCGUGCUUCGGACUCGAGCGCGCAGUGAGGGCAGUGGGCUCGCCUGUGGAGCAGCAUUGCUCCCAGUGCAGCAUACCUCACAGCGGCGCCUGUGUGUAUUCACCCCGUGAUGCCAACGGGAUGCCCGGCGCGGCCGCCAGAUCAGGCACGGCGGGCAUGCAUCGGUUUAAAGCCGCUCUCGAGGACAACACGGGCACUCUGCACAUUGCGGGCGCCGCCUCCUCGGCUUACCUGCGGCAACUGGAGUCGGAGUUACAGACUGCGCUAGAAGACUGGUCGCAGUGUGUUUGA